AUGUUGUCCACCCAAGGAUUGUGCAGUUGUACUUACGUUUCAAGUCAAGCUGAAGUGCUCUCUCGUGGACCGAACGCUGAUAUGAGAAUUUAUGGUGAUGGACCUGCGUGCGGAAACGACCCUUAG